AUGUCAGUCUGGGGUGCUUACACGAAAAGAUUCCAGAGGAAUAUGGACAAAGUUGUUCCGCGGGCCAUCGGAAAGGCCCGUCUCAAGGAUCAGAAUAUGUAUGCCCUUCCUACCUUGGAGCAGACACAUCCUACCGUCCCCAAGUCAGAGCAGAAAACGAAGCCAGAGCAGAUCGGAAUUCUUGCAGGAGACCUUGCGUACAUCUCCGAAGGCCCACAGAAGGGAACUAUCUCGAGAAUCUUAAGAUACAUGCCGGAAUACGACGGUGUGCUCUUGAUGGAUGUCACCCUGAAGAAAUUACUCCCUAAGUAUUCAUGGAUGGAGAACCAAACCACCCACGUCUUUGAUUACCCUGAAAUCACACCCUUGAGCCAAAUCAAGUUGGCUGCCAAGGAAAAGCACGAAGAAACUGGCGAAAUCACGUACGUGGUGGCUGACGAGCUCGAAAUGAAGGGCAGGUACUUCGAUGCCAGACACAAGAAGUGGUUACCUCGUAGAUUCGUCAAGAACCACGACAGAGUCGAGAUCCCAUGGCCUGCACCUGAAGACCCAGUGGGUGAUGCCGACAGUGAGCAGACAAAGCUAAUUGCUACUGACUCUGAGACGGCAUUGGAGACCACCUACGAAUUACAGACCUUGGCCAAGCCGCUGAUCCCUGUGGACGUUGUGAAUGAACUUAGGAACCCUCACAGUAAGUACAAGAAGAGAUAUUUGAGCGAGUACCAGGCCAGAGUGAUGAAGGCACCAGAUAUGCCUCUCUCCAACGCACAGAAGGCAUACUUGGCCAAAAAAGCAGAACAAGAAGCCAAGCAACAAGCUCUUCACAGGGGAAGACCAAUCACGAACCUCUCCGAAGAGAUACAACUGUUCAUUGGUGAAAAGAUGGCUAGCCACAUCAACAAGAUCGACAACCCUCAUCUUUUGGAGCAUUUGGAAGGCUUAUCAGCCAUUGAAAUUCCGGACUUUGCUGCUACCCAGCAGAAGAUCAGGGAUGCCGAGAGUGCUGAGCAGAAGCCUGAGCAGAAAUGA